CACCCACAGGCCACAGCUUCUUGUGUCUAGCAAUUCACACCUGUUUGAAUCGACACGGCUUUCUAUACAAAUUAAGGAAAAACAAAACAAUGGGGCUUAGCAAGGCAUAUUUGAACAACAUUGAGAAGAGCUACUCUGCUUCAAGGCUAAGAAGACUCCAGAUUGAUGACGAAGAGAACAUUAAAGCAAGGAUGCAAAGAUUGAAGAAGGAGAUGACAGAUAUUGGCGAGGAGCACAAGAACAUAAAAGCAGGGCAAAGGGAAGUGAGAAAGAAAAUUAAGGAGAUCAGGGGCCAGUGUGCACAACUCAGAGAAGAAACUAAGCUUAUGUUUGAUCAAAGCACAUGCAUCAAACGUCGACUCCAUAUCAUGUCUCACAUCUUGCAAGCACGACAGCGCGGCGAUUUUGUUAAAGCGCAAAAGCUUACUGAGUUCCUCAAGUAAAUCUUCAAGGCAGCAAUUGAGUUUGAAGUUGUGUGCUGUGUGGCUGUCCCUUCAAAUGCCUGGAGUGGAGUUCCAAAACUUGGAGUUGAUAAACUGCAUAUAUCUGUUUUGGGAAAGUUCAUUCGAAAUUAGAUUGAUAGUCUUGAAUUUACAAUUUAUUGUGAAUAUAUAUAUAUUGUUGGAUAAAUUAGUGUGUAAUAUACUAAUAUUCAUUAUAACUUAUAAACUCUCUGAACAGUGAUGCGGAAUGCAUAAUGAAGGUUCUCCAAAUUCUCUUGUCUGGAUACCAAGUCUUGUAUUGAUCUCAUCAUAGUUGAAAUUCAUCUAAUUGUCCUCUGUGUU